GGCACCGCGCCGAAUAUGCACCUUGAAGGUGAAGAUCUUUCUCAUCAAGCAUCUGUCUAAGCUGGUCGCUUGCAACAAGAAAAUGUUCCUGCCCGUCAAAUCCAACACGUCUCCGACUGCCAACGGUGAAACGGUAAACGGCGGCGAGGAUGUCACCACUGUAACAUGCAACUCCACGCAAACCCCCAGCGAUCUCAGCCCACCGAACAUGUCGAACGACGACAUACUGCCGCAGGCCCACCACCAGAACCCCGGCCACUGCAUAGCUUCCUUCUCCGCCAUCAAUCGCAUGCGGCAGAAUGCACAGCUGUGCGAUGUUACGCUGGAAGUUGGGGGUGAAACGAUCAAUGCACACAAAGUCAUACUUGCUUCAGUUUCGCCAUACUUCUACGCCAUGUUCAAUGACGACAUGCUCGAGCGGAACUGCGACGUGGUCACGCUGCACGAUAUUGACCCUUCGUCGCUGAAGCAGCUCAUCGAGUACGCGUACAGUGGUGAGAUCACCAUCACCGAGGAUAACGUACAGGUACUUCUUCCCGCCUCGAGCCUGCUGCAGAUCCAGUCGGUCCGUGAAGCGUGCUGCAAGUUUCUGCUACGUCAGCUCCAUCCCUCCAACUGUCUGGGAAUUCGAAGCUUCGCCGAUGCUCACUCGUGCAAGGAACUACACUCCCGAUCCCACCGGUACGCCCUGCAGAACUUCCAGCAAGUCGUCGGCACGGAGGAGUUUUUAUUGCUCGGAUUUAAUGAGGUGCAGGAUUUGAUUUCCAACAGCCAGCUAAACAUCUGCUCGGAGGAGAAGGUGUUCAUGGCGGUGCUGAACUGGGUGAAGCACGAUCUCAGCGAGCGCAAGAAGCACAUAUCCGAGCUGAUGUCGCACGUCCGACUGCCGCUAGUCAGCCGCGAGUUUCUCAUGAACUGCGUCGAAACGGAGGCGCUCGUGCGGGAAGAGUCCCACUGCAAGGAGCUGCUGCUGGAGGCGAUGAAGUACCACCUGCUGCCCGAGCAGCGCAGCUCCCUCGUGAGCCAGCGGACGCUCGAGCGCCGCCCGGAGGGUAUGCGAUCGUACAUCUUUGCGGUGGGCGGCGGCAGCCUGUUCGCCAUCCACAACGAGUGCGAGUGCUACAACCCCAAGACGAACGCGUGGAUGACGAUCUCGCCGAUGAUUUCGCGCCGGUCGCGGGCCGGCGUCACCUCGCUCCGGAAGCUGCUGUACGUGGUGGGCGGGUACGACGGCGAGAACGAUCUGGCGACGGCCGAAUGCUACAACCCGCUCACGAACGAGUGGACCAACAUUACGCCCAUGGGCACGAAGCGGUCCUGCCUGGGCACGUGCGCCUUCGAUGGGCUGCUGUACGUGUGCGGCGGGUACGAUGGAGCGUCCUGCUUGAGCAGCGUCGAGCGGUACGACCCACUGACCGGUGUGUGGACGUCCUGUCCGGCGAUGAGUACGCGGCGGCGGUACUGCCGGGUGGCGGUGCUGGACAACUGCAUCUACUCGCUCGGUGGAUUCGAUUCCAGCAACUAUCAGUCGUCGGUAGAGCGGUUCGAUCCGCGCGUCGGCAGCUGGUCGUCCGUGCCGAGCAUGACUUCGCGCCGCAGCAGCUGCGGGGUGGCCGCCCUGGACGGCUAUCUGUACUGUAUCGGUGGCAGCGACGGUACGAUGUGCAUGCAGACGGGCGAACGGUUCAAUCUGCGCACGAACGCCUGGGAACCGAUCAGUGCCAUGCAUUCGCGAAGAUCAACGCACGAGGUGGUGGAAGCGAACGGAUUCCUGUACGCACUCGGCGGCAACGAUGGCUCCUCGUCGCUCAACUCGGUCGAGCGGUACGAUCCGAAGGUGAACAAGUGGACGAUCGUCACCUCCAUGCUGACGCGGCGCAGCUCGAUCGGUGCCUCGGUGCUGGAGUGUUUCAAUCUCGAGCGUGGCCUCCUCCAAACCAGCAUUUGACCACUGAGCUAUCCCAAUGGUGGUGGUGGUGGUGGUGCUGCUCCUGCUGCUACAGCGGCCGGUGCUACUUCUACGUCCGGACCAUCCGAUAGCAGUGCAGGCACACCGCCGAGUCAGUAAGUAUGCGCUGCGUGCGUUACGCGGGGAAAAACUCCGCAAAAAUCAGUCAUUAUUAUUAGAUAAAACAUAAUUAAACAGCUAGGCUAGCCAAAACCAGGUUGGAAGGAUGGGUUGGGUUGUCGCGGAAGCUCUUUCCCUCCCUUUGGAUACAAUGUCGCUUAAGUGUAAGAAGCUGUGCGCGCAUUUAAACAGCAUUUUUGCAGCAGUCUUAGUUAAGCUCACUCUGCUCCUGCUCAUGCCGCAGGCUUUUA